ACAGCAGACCUGCAAAAGCAACAAAGGAUGUGCACACAAGUCCACAGUGGACAGCAAGGACACAGGGAGACAAGAGCAUGGUUAACAGCAGACCUGCAGCAGCAGUGGGUAAUAGCAUGUACAAACAAUCGCAAUGGACAACAAGGAGUCCCAGAGGCAAGAGGAUAGUGACCAUCAGCCCCACAGAAGCGAUGCCAGCGCCAGUGUGUCUGAUAGAUAAUGACGCGCAUGGGUCCAUGCGCGUCAGGAGAGAAGCACUUGAGAUUCUGGAUCAGAUCACACAGCCUGUGGUGGUUGUAGCUAUAGUUGGACUGUACCGCACUGGCAAAUCCUUUCUCAUGAACAAACUGGCAGGAAAACACAACGGCUUUGCCCUGGGAGCCACCAUAGAGUCUGAGACCAAAGGCAUCUGGAUGUGGUGUGUGCCUCACCCCACUAAAGUAGGACACACUCUAGUGCUGCUGGAUACUGAGGGACUGGGAGAUGUGGAAAAGGGUGAUGAGAAACAUGACAACUGGAUCUUCUGCCUGGCUGUUUUACUCAGUAGUACUUUGGUCUACAACAGCAUGGGGACCAUUGAUAACCAUGCCCUGGAGAAACUGCACUAUGUCACAGAACUGACUGAGCACAUCAAGGUGAAAUCAGGAACAAGAGAGGGUGAUGACCAGUCCACAGAGUUUAUGUCUUAUUUCCCAUCGUUCGUGUGGACGGUUCGAGACUUUACUUUGAAACUCGAGCUAAAAGGUCAACCCGUCACUGCAGACCAAUACUUGGACAAUGCUCUGAAGCUCAAGACAGGGUCAUCCAAGAAUAUUGAGAUGUACAACCUACCACGCCGCUGCUUGCGUGAGUUCUUUUCUCCUCGCAAGUGCUUUGUGUUUGACCGUCCAGCAAGUGUGGAAAAGAUGUGGCAAAUGGAGCAGUUAACAGAUGCAGACCUAAAGCCCAGCUUUUUGAAAGAGGCUGAGGAUUUCCGCAACUACAUCUUUAAUAAUGCUCAAGCCAAGACCAUGAGAGGAGGCCUUGGACUGACUGGCAGAAUGUUAGGGACCCUGGCAGAGACAUAUGUUAAAGCAAUCAGCAGUGGGCAGGUGCCCUGUCUGGACAACGCUGUUGAGUCACUGUCACAGAUUCAGAAUAAACGUGCUGUAACCGAAGCCCUGGAUUUUUAUAAGAGUGAGAUGAGUCGAAAUGUCCAACUUCCCACAGAAACACAGGAGGACCUGUCUGAAAUCCAUACAGAUAUACAAAGGGAGGCAGUUGAAAUCUUCAUCAACAAUUCUUUCAAUGACUUCGAGCAGAAACACCAGAUUGAGCUCAUGAGGAGCCUGCAGAGUGUCUAUGAGGAGUACUGUAGAGAAAAUGUGGAGACAUCUCGCAAAAAGAGCAAGUCAGUUAUAUCUCAUGUAUUUUCCUCACUGGAGACAGAACUGCAGAGGGGGUCCUACAUGCAGCCUGGGGGCUACGCAGAAUUCCGCUAUGCCCUGGAUAAAGCGACUAGGCUGUACAGAUCAAAGAAAGGCCAUGGACUCAAAAAGGAGGAGGUGCUCAAAGAGUACUUGAGUGAGAAGGAGAAAAUUGGAUUCAACAUUCUGGCAGCAGACAAGUCCCUCACAGAAGCCCAGCAGGAGAUUGAAAGGAAGCGGCGGGAAUCUGAGGCAAUGGAGUGGCAGCAAAGGUUUCUUGAGGAGCAGAACAGGAUCAAGGAUCAACAGAUCAUGGAUCAGCAGAGAGCCUAUGAUGAGAACAUCAGUCAGCUGCUGAUGAAGAUGGAAAGAGAACAGCAGAAUGCCAAACAGGAAUAUGAGCGAUUGCUGAACGCCAGACUGAAGGAACAGAAAGACCUGCUGGAGCAGGGAUUUGGAUACAGAGCUGAGCAGAUGCAGAGAGAAAUCGACAGCCUGAGAGAGAAGAAAAAGUCGUCUCAGUCUUCUUUCGUUGACACAGCAUGGGAAGCAGCAAGCACAGUACUGGAAGUGGCAGGGACAGCUGCCAUGAUAAUGUUACCUGGACCCGCAAAAUUAUUAGGAUUUGGCCUGUCUGCAGCCUCUAAGUUCUUUUCUUCACGUAAAUGA